CUUUCCCGGGGCCGGGCCGGCCACUGUUUGGCGCGAAUGCGGCUCGGGAGGUCGAUGCGGGGUCCCGGGCGGCUCGCGGGGCCCGCGGCCCUGUGGCCGCUGCUGGCUGCCCACCUGGCGGCGGCGCUGGAGCCCGUGAGCGUGGGCCUCGCGGUCGGCGCUGCGUCGGCGCUCACCGGCUUCUUCUCCUACACCGACCUGUACUGCCGCUUCGCCGAGUGCUGCGUGGAGGAGCGGCCGCUCGACGCCGCGGCCCUCAAGCUGGAUUUGGAGACGAAGCUGUUUGGACAGCACCUGGCCACAGAAGUGAUCCUCAAGGCCCUAACCGGCUUCAGGAACAACAAACACACCAAGAAACCACUGACGCUGUCCUUACAUGGCUGGGCUGGGACAGGCAAGAAUUUUGUCAGCCAGAUUGUGGCUGAAAACCUUCAUCCUCGAGGUCUGAAGAGUAAAUUUGUCCACCUGUUUGUAUCAACUUUGCACUUUCCUCAUGAGCAGAAGACAAAAGUGUACCAGGACCAGCUCCAGAAGUGGAUCCGGGGGAACGUGAGCGCCUGUUCCAGCUCUGUGUUCAUUUUUGACGAAAUGGACAAAUUGCACCCUGGGAUCAUUGACGCCAUCAAGCCCUUUCUAGACUACUACGAGCAGAUUGAUGGGAUCUCCUACCGCAGAGCCAUCUUCAUCUUCCUCAGCAAUGCGGGAGGGGACCUUAUAACUAAGACGGCCCUGGACUUCUGGCGGGCAGGAAGGAAGAGGGAGGAGAUCCAGCUGAAGGACCUGGAGCCCGUGCUGUCGGUUGGGGUCUUCAACAACAAGCACAGUGGCCUGUGGCACAGCGUGCUGAUAGACAGGAACCUCAUCGACUACUUUAUCCCCUUCCUGCCCCUGGAGUACAGACACGUGAAGAUGUGCGUGCGGGCCGAGAUGCAGGCCCGCGGCAGCGCCGUCGACGAAGACAUUGUCACCAAGGUGGCUGACGAAAUGACGUUUUUCCCCAGAGAUGAGAAGAUCUACUCAGACAAAGGCUGCAAGACUGUACAGUCACGGCUGGACUUCUACUGAGGGCCUCUGUGUGCGGGCAGCGAGGCACCUGGGCGCAGCAAGGCCCCCCGAGCCCCGCCGUGCAUGCAGAACCCCUUUGGAGACCCCGCGGCAUUUUCCACCUUUCCGCCUGUCAGCGGGCAGGGCCGGAAGUGGCUAAGUUAGUUUUGCAGACACUGGCCCACUGGCCGUCGAUGGAGCCGGACCGCCGCGCAGCUCUUUCCUGCUGUCGAAGGCGCGCGCCUGGAGGAGGCCCUGCGACGCGUCCUCAUCCUCUGUGGCCUCGGAAGCCACUGUGGGGCAGGAGAAGGGGCAGGGCGCCCGCGGGCCUCCGCGUCUGCACUUGAGGUCAGGGGCACCGGCAGAUGGGGUGUCUGCAAGGAGGACAUGGUCCUGCACCCCAGCGCCUGCACCCAGUGUCUACAGGGACGGCGUCCUGCACCCCAGUGCCCACACUCAGCAUCUAUGGGAAGGGCGUGGUCCUGCACCCCAAUGUCUAUGGGGAUGAUGUGGUCCUGCAUCCCUGUGUGCGGGGACGAUGUGGUCUUGCACCCCCAUGCUCCUGACGUGGGCUGAGGAGUCAGGGAGGGCUGACCCUGGUUCUGCAGCUCAGGACACAGUUCCCUUGGGUCUGGGCCUGCUGCCUGCUGUUCAGGGUCCUGUCUGUCUCCCGCUUUGUAUGGGCCCCAGCCUUCCUGGAAGCCCGUCUGCUGGGCACAGUGACCUCCAGACUCCCCCAAACCCAGCAUCGCUGGCGGCUCAGCACACACCACGCGCGUACAUACACACUCACACUCACACAGUGACAUGCUUGUCUGUUACACUCGAUACUGUUGUCAAGCUCAACUCCAGGCAGCAGUGUUUGGAGCCAAGAGGACAGGUCUGUUCCCCAAAACCGAUUCACGCCCCGACCAGCACACCGCGCUGACUGACAAGGGUGGGCUGUCCUGCCACAGGUGCCUGGCGUUUACAAGCACAUGUGUGGUUUUAAUAGUGUUCUUCUGCAUUUUUAUGAUAAAGUAUGAGAUAUUGUAUACUUUAAAACCUAGGGAAAGCUGGGCACCAGUUACUCACACUUGUAAUCCUAGCUACUCAGGAGGCUGAGAUCUGAGGAUCAUGGUUGGAAACCAGCCUCAGCAGGAAAGUCCAUGAGACUCUUGUUUCCAAUUAACCAGCAGAA